AUGCUCUUCGCGGCGGCAAUUCAACCAGCACUCCUGAAAGCGGCGGUGAUGUGCCCUACAACGGUGGUGAUGGCGUACGCUGACGACAUCACCAUCGUGGGGGACCCGGCAGAGGCGAUUCGGGGAGUAGAGGUUAUAAUAGAGGGGCUUAAAAAAUCGUACCUGGCUUCCCUACACGCGGCGAACACCCUCCUCCGACACACGGCGAUGGCGGCAGACAACCCCCUGCAUCAGCCCGCAGACCCUCAGAGAGGCGCCACAGCUGCCCCAGAGAAGCCUCCGGCACCACAGCGGAAGGAGAGGGCCCCACCAGCGACUGAUGAGGUGGCGCAGCAGACGGCGGAGCAGGAGCGACGGGCAGCAGAGAUGGAUACUGACCCGUCACGGGUCCCCCUGCCACGGUCACAAACUCCAUACCCGCCACUGGAGGAACCCACGGCAGGCGCAUACGGUUCCCCAGAGCAGCAGCAGAUGCAGAGGGGGCAUGAGGAGGAGGAACGGCCGAUUGGGGAAGAGGAGGCGCCGGCGCAUAUGGCGCAGCUGGAGGAAGGGACGCAUGCGUUGGAGCGACGUGGGGCAGCAGCAAGCGGCGCAGGAUCAGGAACCGCCAGGACGUUUGGGGCCUGCACGUGCGGCGGCGCAGGUGGAGGGGCGGGAGCAACAGAGACCGCUACCUGGCCCGGGCCGUCAGUGGUGGCAGACACCACUGGUUGCGAUGCCAUGACGCCAGCAGGGGCAGCUGCAACCAUCGGGGCGUCAAGAACGGGGGCAUCUGGUGGAGCAGGAUCAGCAGCGGCAGUCAGUGCCGCAGAGUUCACGGGGAUAGGCGGCGCAACAGCAGGAGCAGAGAGUGCAGGAGGGUCAAGAGCAGCCUACGCCUCACACGAUACGAGGCCCGGAACCAGAGGCGCAAGGCAUCCAGCGGCCAAGGGGGCUGGCUUUGGGGCAGGUGGGACUGGCGGCUUCAUUACAGCACUCCCCGAGGCAGACACCGGCGGCGACUUUCCGCUCGCCGUUGACGCAGCGGCAGCGGGCUUUGGCGAUGGCCACAACUCGCCAGCAAUCACCAUCGCGAGGAGGGAGGAGAUAAGGAGCAGGACGUCGGGAAGGGGGGAGAGUUGA